AGAGGAGAAAGGCAGGUAGUUCAUUGAGAUACCUCAACAAGUGCCCGUCCCUCUUCUCCUUCACAACGGAUUUCAAAGCCAUCAUGGGGCGUAAAGAAAUCACGUGCAGUUGGAAGAAAAGUGCAAACAACAUCAAAGAUGUGUUUGACUUCAAAGGAACCCUAGGAUCGGGGGCCUUUUCCGAGGUCUACAUGGUAAGAGAGAAGACGACAGGGAACCUUUAUGCUCUGAAAUGUCUGAAGAAAAAACACCUUGCCCACAGUAACCUGGAGAACGAGAUCUCUGUACUAAGGAGGAUAAAGCAUGAAAAUGUCGUGGGACUGGAGGACUUUUAUGAGACCCGGACUCACUACUACCUUGUCAUGCAGCUGGUGUCAGGGGGAGAACUGUUUGACCGCAUCCUAGAUCGGGGGGUGUACACAGAGAAGGACGCCAGCCAAGUGAUCAUUCAAGUAUUGAAGGCAGUCAGUUACCUCCAUGAGAACAGCAUCGUACACAGGGACCUCAAGCCAGAGAACCUGCUGUACUACAACCAGGAUGAGAACGCAAAGAUCAUGAUCAGUGACUUUGGCCUUUCUAAGAUGGCCGACCACGGAAUCAUGUCCACAGCCUGUGGAACGCCAGGAUAUGUUGCUCCUGAAGUUUUAGCCCAGAAACCUUACAGCAAAGCUGUGGACUGCUGGUCCAUCGGAGUUAUCACAUACAUCCUAUUGUGCGGCUACCCUCCUUUUUUCGAGGACAAUGAGACGCGUCUCUUCUCCAAGAUCAUGAGAGCAGACUACGCCUUCCACGCCCCCUUCUGGGAUGACAUCUCAGAGUCCGCAAAAGACUUCAUAAGGAACAUGAUGGAGAAGAACCCUACUAAGCGCUACACCACAGAACAGGCUCUCAGACACCCCUGGAUUAUUGGGGAGACGGCGAGUGGCCAGGACAUCUACAGCUCAGUCAGUGAGCAGAUCCAGAGGAACUUUGUCAAGUCCAAAUGGAGGCAAGCCUUCAACGCCACAACAGCAGUCAACCAUAUGAUGAAACUGCAGCUCUCUCAUGCCGCUCCCUCAGCAGCUCCCCCUACUGUACCCAACAUUGCUGUAGUCGACGCCUUCCAGAAUCCCUUGUGUGGUCUCAACAACCUAACAGACAACACCCUGGACAGCAAUGGAAACCUUCCCAUACCGGCAGACCACUCAACUCAAACUACCGAUCCCGAGCAGUGUAGGGGCCCGCCCCUGAGAGCCAGUCACAGCGAGCCCAUGCACUGCCCCUCUGUCACAGAGAAUGGAAGGGGUGCCCACGCCUACCACUCAGAGAGUGGAUUUGCAGCAGUUAGCAGCUGUGAGGCCAUAGACAGAGGGACCAAUAGAAAAGGCCAGAACCUACAGACCGGGGUGUGUUCCAUCAUGUGAUUGGAUAAAGAACGCUUUAAGUUAUUCUUGGUGAGCUGUUCAGCUUUAGCAGUCUGAAGACUUCCUGUAGAAUUGUGAAGGUGCUGCUACACCCUGCUGUUUGAAUCAUGCAGUGCUUCACUGGGACUUGAAGACCAAAAAUUGGUCAGAUUCUUAACCCUGAGGAAAACAGGAAUGUCAUUGCAGUAAACCUACCCACCCUCACACUUUGAAUGAUCUGAGGCAGGCCGCUGAAGAGGCAUCAGCAGAGUAAAAUACUGCAUUAUAAUGCUCCUAAUAUUAUCGUAUAUUUUACAUAUACAUGUAUACAACAUAUGACAAUAUACAAAUGAUUUACUGGGAAUAUAAUUGCAGGAAUUUAUGUCAGCUGGGGUGGCAGGAAAUGCGCUGUUAAAUUCCAUGUGACCAAUAGACUGUGUUGGAAUCAGUAAAAGUGUUUUGGGGAAAUGGGAUUUCAAGUUGUCGUCUAUCAAGGUGACAUAUCAGAGUGUAUUUUUGUAUCUUCUGUAUAACUUUUUGUGUCUUAUAUUUUCUGUCAUCCUACAAUAUUAGCAUUUCGACUCCUCUGAAACUUGCCGAUUGUUUCUUCGUUCUUUGCUGUUAUUAUGUACCACACCAUAGGCCAAGAUUUCUUUGUGACCAAAAAUACCAUUACAAAGAAAUAUCAAUUUAGCCAUGUGACACUACACAAAAUGACAACCAUAGCAGUAUAAUUCUAAUUUAAUGGCUGUAACCUUUUUUGUUUAUUUUGUUUGAUUGCUGCAGGAAGUUGCUGAGAAAUUUGUGUUGGCUGUUGAAUUGUUUAAUUGACCUUUCAUGGGUCUCAUGCAACAACUCAUACUGUGUGAAGCCAUUGGACGUAAGAUGUUUUUUGUCUGGCUUUUAAGACCACUAUCAGUAGAGUUUAAUAUGUGCCACUUUUAUGCCAUACACGCUAUAAAGUUAUACUAGUAUCAUCAUCAAUAGACUUCGAAAUACUGUAUGUAAAAUGUAUGAACUUGUAUUGAAAUUGUUUGCUUCUUGUCUUUUCUCAAUAUAAAUUUGAAUCACAAUAU